AUUUCGUAAAAUUACAACACAGGGUGUUGUUAAACAACAAAAUUCACAUGGGGAUUCAAUGAAAAUUCUGCAUGAAUUUACAAUUUAGUGAAAAAAUUUAACAAAAAAAUUGUGUUAUAGUGAAAAUUAAAUAAAAAAUGUCAUUUACUUCACGUCUCUGUCGUGUUAUAAAUUCCUCUACACACGUGCAACGUUAUGCAACGCGCAACAUCAUUGGCAGCACGCAGGCGGCAUGGUCUUUGCGCUGGAACAAAAAUCUGGGAAGAAAUAUCCCUCAAUUUGCUCGUUGCAUGAGUACGGAGUCAACAGCAUCCGCGAAUGUUGAAGACAAGGGACGUUUCCACACUAUUAUCAGGCAAACUGAAAAGCCGGUCGGCGAGGCUGAUAAGCAUGAAUUUCAAGCUGAGACGCGUAUGCUGCUGGACAUUGUCGCGCGUUCAUUAUAUUCCGAAAAUGAAGUAUUUGUGCGGGAAUUAAUUUCGAACGCUAGUGAUGCAUUGGAGAAAUUCCGUUACACUGUCCAUACCGCUGGUGAAAAUGAGAAGAACUUUGAAGGCGCAGAUCGGCCAUUAGAAAUACACAUUGCUACUGAUAAACAGUCAAUGCAAUUAACAAUACAGGACACAGGUAUUGGCAUGACUCGCGAAGAGCUUGUCAAUAAUCUCGGUAUGAUUGCACGCAGCGGUUCAAAACAAUUCUUGGAACAGAUAAAGGAAGCAGGUGGUGGUGUCGAAAACUCCUCGAAUAUUAUUGGGCAAUUCGGAGUUGGAUUUUAUUCUGCCUUUAUGGUAGCUGAUAAAGUGGAAGUGUUUACAAAGUCCUCGAAAGUGGAUUCACAAGGAUUACGCUGGUCGUCUGAUGGAUCUGGGUCAUAUGAAAUUCAGGAAGCUGAUGGUGUAGCGCAUGGCACUAAAAUUGUUAUACAUUUAAAAACAGAAUGUAGAGAAUAUGCAGAUGAGGAUCGCAUUAGAGCGGUGAUCAAGAAAUAUAGUAACUUUGUUGGUUCACCCUUGCGUGUGAUCGCCUUAAAAUCGCUUAAUUCAUUUCAAGCCAAUCGCGCGCCACCGUACAAGUUGCCGAGAAGUUCGCGCUUUAUCAGCGCCUGCUGGUGCUGGACAUUGAUUUAA